CAAACCUUCUCCACAUUAUCAAAAUGAGUCCGAAAGCAGUUAUUUCAGUUAUUGGAUCACUCAAUGUUGAUCUCGUCACCCGCACCUCUCGUGUGCCAGUGGCGGGCGAAACUUUGACCAGCGAAUCCUUCGACAUUGGUUAUGGAGGAAAAGGCGCUAACCAGGCUGUCGCGUGUGCGCGCUUGUCUCGAACACAGCAACAAGCGUCCGAGGGCAAGGCCUCUGAUAUUGAGGUUCGCAUGGUAGGCGCUGUUGGUGACGAUGAGUUCCAUGAGAGCUUCUUGAAGAGUCUACAGAAGGAUGGACUGAAGACAGAUGCUAUCAAGAUUUUGAAGGGGAAGAAGACCGGAGUUGCGGUAAUAACGGUUGAGACAAGCACCGGAGAGAACAGGAUCAUGUUCUGCCCUGGUGCGAACUAUGAUGUUGAAGUCAAAGACCUGGUCGACGAUGACGCGAGCGUUGCUUUGUUUCAACUCGAGCUGCCCAUGGAAGUCGUAUUACAUAACAUGAUGAGUGCGCGCCAGAAAGGCAUCGAGACGAUCAUCAACCCUGCACCAGCCAUCCCACUUCCAGCAGAAGCGUACGAGGGACUUGGUCACCUAAUCGUCAACGAGACCGAGGCUGCAAUCCUCUCUGGUAUUGAUAACCCAACUUCAUGGGACAAAGUUGCAGCUAUCUUCAUCUCACGCGGCGUGAAGAAUGUGAUCAUCACUCUUGGGGGAGAAGGUGUAUUCUACCAGACUGCUAAGCAACAGGCCGAGUCCAAGAACGGCCGUAUAGUUCCAGCACGAAAAGUCAAGGUUGUCGACACAACGGCGGCUGGCGACACAUUUGCUGGUGCUUACACCGUUGCUGUAGCUCACUGGAAGUCGAUCUCCCAAGGAUCGGACUUCGAUCUCGAUGCGGCAAUUUCACACGCCAAUCAUGCGGCAUCUAUGACAGUGCAGAAGGCGGGCGCCCAGUCGAGUAUUCCUUGGGCUGAUGAAGUCCCUAAAGAGUAAGACCACGAUGUAAACAAGACUAAACCAAUUCAAUCAUAUACAUGUCCUCGAACCUAAAUUUGAGGACUCGAAGC